GCAUCUUUGGCGUUUGCCAAUUCCUCCUACUCGAUAUUGAUUCCUAUGGCUUCAGUUGCAUCGCCGGCUCCAACCCCACCAUCCGCUACUUGUUGAGCGUUUUGAUCUUCCCCGUGGGGGUUCUCUGGCUGACCGGCUGCUUCUGCACAUCCAAGCUUCUGCCCGCGAAGUAUCACUGGAAUGGCUCCAAAGUCUGCAGCACCAUUGGUGCCUUCAUGCAGAUGAGCUUCAGCACCAUGUCGGCAGCAUCAUUGGCUCCUAUGAUGUGCUACAAGCAUCCCAACGGCCUCCGCAGCGUUUUGAAGUAUCCGGAUGUGAUUUGUGGGUCCGAGGAGCACACUUUGAUGUUGGUGAUUGGUUGGUGCAUGCUUUGCACUUGUGUGCUCGGCUUCGUUGCCUUGUGCACCUACGCGGUGGUACCUCACUGGAGUGUACGGCGUCGGGACGCCUUUGUGGCUGCUGUCCGGUUCUUGGUCUUCCGCUUUCGCUUGGACGCCUGGUGGUUUGGCGUGCCCCUGCUGGUACGUGGGCCUUUGCUCUCAUUGCCUGUUGUAUUGGCCACGGACUACCCACCAGUGCAAAUCGUCUCCAUUGCCAUGAUCUUAUCAAGCUUUUUGGUGCCUUGGAACCGAUCCAGCGAUCGCAUCCAGCGAUCCAGCUUUUUCGCCCAGGCGCCAGGCUAUAUAUAA